AUGAAAACCUCCAUCAUCGCCACCUUCGUCGGCCUUUUAGCCUCCAACGCCCUGGCCGCCAACUGCGAGGGAUCGCACUACGCUGCCUGGGGCGGUACCACCUGGGACGCCAUCAACGCCGCCAUUGCGCAGACUUGCAAUUCCCAACCUUACAAUUCUGGCAUUAAAUACGUCGAAGACAUCCAGGGCUACGACGUUGCAGCCGCCGAAGCCGACGUCGGCACCGGAGGAUCGCCAAAUUGCUGGGCUGCUAUGUACCAGAUCCGAGACCAGUGUUUGGAUACUGGGAAUGGAAAAUAUGCUACGCAGGGCUGGUGGCAGUACGGAGACGAGUACUACUUCUUGUGGGCUUGGAGUGAGGCUGAUUGCCGCGGCCAGGCUUCUCUUUCUGGAUACAGCAACUCUGGCUGCUAG